CACUAGUGUUUUCUUUCCAAGAUGGCGACGACCAGUGCUGCCGAGUUAGACCCUGUCUUUUUGAAAGCGAUAAGACUGCUUCAUUCACGACACCCAGAUUCUACAGAACAGCUACGAAUGCUAAGAGAUGAAGCCAUCAGACAGCAAAACCAGCCAAUCCCCCAGACAACUAGGGAAAAAAGUAAGGAAUCAAAGCCAUUACCUUCAGAAAGACGACAAAAUGUGAUCAUCACACCUGUCACAGAGGCAGUACCUAUUCAAAGAGAACCCAAAUCUCAAGCCAUUGAAGUAACAGCCUCUGUUGUCACCAGUAGCAACACUUUCUCAGAUGCUGGAAGCAUUGAGACAGUUGAGGAGCUUGCCUCUUCAGUUGUAGAAACUGUAGAAGAAAUGAGUUCAGCAUCACUCAUCGGUGCUAGUGCUCCCAAGAAAGCAAAGCUACAAAUCAGUGUGGAGAAAGUCCUUGAUGGGGAAGCUAUACCAGUUGAAGAUCUAGCCAUUGAUUUGGGGGUUUCAUGUUCCGUAUGUGAUCACAGUGAGAACAAGAUGACUGGAAACAAACUUGUGGAAUGCCAUGAGUGCCAUUCACAUUAUCACCAGAAAUGCCAUGAGCCACGGGUGUCAGAUGAGGAUGCAAAUGACCUGAGGCUAGUUUGGUACUGUACUCUGUGCAUCAAGAAGAUGCGAGAAGCAACUAGUAGCACUACUGCAUUAAAGAACAGGCAAUCAGAUGCCCUACCCUCAAACAGUCGCACGUUUGCAGCAGCCCGACCCUCUCAGUCUUUCAGACGUCCAGCACCAUCGACUGAAACCAAGUCCUUUGCACCACCUACUACAGCUCAGUCAUUUGCUAUCCCCGGUCUGUCAAAUGCUGCCAGUACAAGCAAGCAACCGAUCUCAGGGGGAGUGGGUGGGACCUCAAGCGCGACCUCAAGUGGGGCCUCCACUGGACAGAAGUCAUCCAUGCAGUCAGCCAUGAAACGCCUGCAAAUGGUGAAGAAGAAAGCUGCACAAAAGAUCCUUAAUCAUCAGCAAAUACGAGUCCCAAGGAGAUAAAUAGCAACAUUCCCAAGAAGCAGAGAAAUGGA